AUGUCUACCCAUGAGAAGCUUGAAGAUCUACUUGAUGAAAUCGAUAGAGGGAUGGAAAAGUUGAAUGCUACAACCAUUGAAAAAAAGGCUGCAGAUGGAAGAAUUUAUGCACACGAUGCCACAGAACAGCUUGAUGCUCGAAAGAAAAUCAUGGAUGAUUGCUUAAGGGAUUCUAAUGUACAUGCUGAGCUAAUGUCUUUAAUAGACGAUGAAUAUGAACUUGAGAGCUUAAUACAACAAGAAGAGGAAUUGAAACAAGAAUUCGACGCAGUAGUUAAAUCCUGCACAGUACUUGAAAAGAAGAUUGAAAAAGACAAUUGGAAAAACAAGUUCUCAGAUACUGAAAGAGAGUAUGAAGAAAUGGAGAACGAGAAGAAAUUGCUAGAGAAAGAGCUCGAAGAGCUUAACAAAACCGUUGAAGCUACAAAUGAAUUGGAUAUAGAAGCACUUGGUCUUGGAAUUUAUCGGGGUCUUGGUGUACAGACAAUGAUGAAAAAAGAUGGGACAAUAACCGGCGUUCAAUUAACUUCUGACGAUCAGAGCCGCGUUUACACAUAUCCCAUGAAAGGCUACUCUGCUCAAUACCUCACCAAAUAUGUAUGGAAAUCAAUCUCUCCUCCUGAGUAA